GGAUUAUACGAGUAGUCAGUAGCUUAUUAUUUGUCUCACGGUUUAAAUCAUGUAUUACCUGCUCCUGUUUUGUGUGGUUUCAUGUUUGUACAAUGGGAUUAUAUGUUCUUCGAAUUUCGAUCCUAAUAAAUGGAGAAAUGCAAAGACGUGUAAAUUGAAGAGUGGCGUCGAAGGUCGUUGCGUCGGAUUUGAGUUUUGUCCAGAAUUGCGAGAACAAGGUGAUGAUCCAUUAUGUGGUACUCAGGAAUCUCCGGGUUAUUGUUGUGAAUCUACCUCACAGGAUUUUAAAGAGAUUAGUUAUGGAAGAGUAGCUAAACAAGCAUGUAAUACGUAUAUGAAUAAUAUUGAUUGGAAAUUACAUGGAUAUGUUCUUGGAGGUACAAAUGCACGAGACAAAGAAUUCACAUUUAUGGCUGCUUUAGGGUACGGAGCAAAUGUAAGCGAUAUAAAAUUCCAAUGUGGUGGAUCACUUAUAAGUGACAGACAUGUUUUGACAGCCGCUCAUUGCCUAUAUUCACUCCAAGAUGGUCCAGUUCGAUAUGUACUCCUCGGCGAUCUUGAUAUCAACAGUACUACAGAUAUAGCCGAACCACAGUACCAUUAUAUCCAGAAUGUAACAGUACACCCGCAGUAUAAAACUUCAAGUACUUACCAUGAUAUCGCCAUCUUGCAUCUUUUCCGACCAGCCAACUUCACCCCAUACGUUCAACCUGCUUGUUUGGAUUAUGGACAGUUAUCUUCCGAAGUAAAUCUAACAAAGUUUUAUGCUACAGGCUGGGGAUUUAUUGACACUGAAGGAAACAGAGCAAGUCAUAUGCAGGAAGUAGGACUUGUUCAGUAUGAUUUUGACAGAUGCAGUAAAGCAUAUCCUAUGAAUCGAAGAAAAUUAGCUAUGGGAUUAGUAGAUUCUCAGAUGUGUGCAGGAGCAAAAUAUACGGAAAAGAAAGAUACUUGCCAAGGCGAUUCUGGUGGACCUUUAUCAAGAACCAACGAUGAUAUUAGGUAUAAUCGUUAUAAGGGUUAUAUUGUAUCUGGAGUUACAUCAUUUGGUAAACUGUGUGGAUAUACCAAAGCACCUGGAGUCUAUACAAGAGUAGAAAAAUACAUUCCUUGGAUUGAGUCUGUGGUGUGGCCAGAUGAAGUCGCAGCUAUGCAAGAAUCUUUACAAGUUGUUCCACAAAUUCAACAACAAGAUGGCUCUACUUCCAGCACUACUAAACCAACAGAAUUAAAUUCCAAUGAUGAUAAAGCGGUACCAGAUAGAACUAAUCAUCAUGUUGUGAUCAAAUUAAAUUCGACAACUCCGGAGUCUUCUGUUGCGGUAACCGUGAGCAUCCAUACGAAUUCAACCAGAAAACCUAUCAAUUUAAUUGAUGUUCAUUAUUUUUCUGAUAAAAAGUAAAAGAAACAAUUGAAUGAAUCAAUUUGUUAUGAAUUUCUGCAUGUUUCGAUAUACGUACACGGCAUAAUAAAUAGAGCAUAACUUGUAACCUUGAAUUACAUUUUUGCCAUGUUUGCAGUUUAAUUUAAGCAUUUUUAGUGUUUAAUAUUUCAUAAUUAUUGACUGUAACUAUGAAGAAUUUUGUAACAAUAAACUUGUCGGCGUCCUUAUAGAUUUUAA